AGCUUCAGUAGAUUCCUACCUUCUUUUGUAGAAAAUCCCUUUUUGCUCAGAGUGAACAUUGAUUGGAUGGAUGAUUAUUUCACUUGUUCUGAAAAUCAAAUAAUAAGUCAAUGAUAAAGUCAAUACAACCUGUUUUUUCCACAGUAAACCUGACUGCUGAAGUUGUUUUUGCUCCUGUUCUACCACACCUUUUAUCUAAACCGCUCCACCAUGCCUUCAUAUUUUCAGCAAAUAUUUGACUCAAGUAAACAACCCAGUGGAACCAGUCUGUAGAAUGUUUUUUCUUUUACUGACAGGACUCAAGACGCUAUUAUAAAUUACCUCCCAGUCAGACUCAGUGAGUUGGAACGCAGAACUAAUAGUACAGCUUCUUUCUCGUCCUGCAUGACGGCUCUGCUCUGAAGGCUGCUGUCCCCUGUCAUUAAGCAAGUUCUAGCUGGCAGGUAACUCAGUGGAUGUGAAUGUGCCCCAGGUGCAUUUCUGAGUUCCCACCAGCCAACGUGACACCCACUUUGUGAGAGUGAGGGUUCCUCCUGAGGUUCCUGGGAGUGGCUGGUAGCUGGGCUCCGUGCUGCAGCCCAGAGCCACACCUUCAGACUGCCUUUUUUUUAACGUACACACUUUUCCAGUCCUGACUGAAAUACACACAACAGUGAACGCACACAGAGCUGACGUGGGCUGAGGUCUGAGACAGGCCCCUUCUGGAACAGCUGGUAUCCAUCUGUGGUUGCCGUCGCUCUGGCUCCUGCCUCUUCUCCCUGCUGGUCUAAGAGGACGCAGGCUCACCCAUCGAUGAGCUCCGCUGCAGUCUGAAGCUCCUCUGACUCAGGCUCUGCUUCAGUGCUCACCAUGGACAUCCUGGCUGCCUGGGUCGCCGCCGACCCAGCCGUGGGUCGGCUCAUUUGGGUCCUGGUUCUGGUAGUUGCCACAUUCCUGGUCUGGCUGUUGUUCUUCUGCUGCUAUAGCUGGAACGAGAGCUCAUCACCCAACGUGGAGCGGUAUCUGAAAGUGAUGAUGGGGCACUCCAAAUCAAAAGCUCCUAAUCAGAGGAAGAAAAAACCAAAAGAGAAGCUGACAUCUGCCGUGCAGUCUGCUGAAGCUGAGCUGAAGCAGACGGUGAUCCCUGAACAGGAAGCAGAAUGCCCUGCAGUGAGGAAGAGGAGGAAGAAGAAGCAAAACCUCAAACCAAGCAUGGAAGCUGUGACUCCAGCGGACGAUGGAGGAGCUGAAGGACAAGCCCAGGAGGAGGCCUCUGGUCAGGGCUGCGUCAGAGGAGAGCUCCAGCGACCUGAGCUCCAUCAGCUACUCCCCGUCUCCUGGAGACACGCUGCCCUGGAACCUGCCCAAACACCAUCGCAUCAAGCGCUCCAAGUCAGCGUCUGGGGACGUCCUGGAUCCAGCAGAGAGGGCUGUCAUUCGCAUCGCAGAUGAACGGGACAGAGUACAGAAGAAGACUUUCACAAAAUGGGUCAACAAACACCUGAUAAAGGCCCAGCGACACAUCACAGACCUGUACGAGGACCUCCGCGAUGGACACAACCUCAUCUCCCUGCUGGAGGUCCUCUCUGGAGAGACUCUGCCGAGGGAACGUGACCUUGUGAGGAACGUGCGGUUGCCGCGGGAAAAAGGCCGAAUGCGCUUCCACAAGCUGCAGAAUGUCCAGAUCGCUCUGGACUUCCUGAAACACAGACAGGUCAAGCUGGUCAACAUCAGGAAUGAUGAUAUUGCAGAUGGAAAUCCCAAGCUGACGCUGGGCCUAAUAUGGACCAUCAUCCUUCACUUCCAGAUCUCUGACAUUCAGGUCAAAGGCCAGUCGGAUGACAUGACGGCCAAGGAGAGGCUGCUGCUGUGGUCUCAGAGGAUGGUGGAAGGAUACCAGGGUCUGCGCUGCGACAACUUCACCACCAGCUGGAGGGACGGACGACUCUUUAGCGCCAUCAUACACAGGCACAGACCCGCUCUAAUAGAUAUGAAUCAGGUGUACCGGCAGACUAACCAGGAGAAUCUGGAGCAGGCCUUCAGCGUGGCGGAAAGAGAGCUGGGCGUCACCCGCCUGCUUGACCCUGAAGAUGUGGAUGUGCCCCAUCCAGAUGAGAAGUCCAUCAUCACGUACGUCUCCUCGCUGUAUGACGCCAUGCCCAGAGUUCCCGACACCCAGGAUGGAGUAAAUGCAAACGAGCUGGAGCUUCGCUGGCAGGAGUACUACGAGGUGGUCACCAUGCUCCUGCAGUGGAUCAGGCACCACAUCCUCGUCUUUGAGGAGAAGAAGUUCCCCACCAGCUAUGAGGAGAUCGAGGUUCUUUGGCGCCAGUUUUUAAAGUUCAAAGAAACAGAACUUCCCGCCAAAGAAGCCGACAAGAACCGCUCCAAACACAUCUUCAAGUCAUUCGAGGGUGAAGUCAAAGCUGGUCAUGUCAAAGUGCCGCCCGGUUACCAUCCGUUUGACGUGGAGAAGGAAUGGGGUCGACUCCACGUUGGCAUUUUGGAGCGGGAGCGCCUCCUCAGGACUGAGUUUGAGAGGAUGGAGCGACUCCAGAGGAUUGUGGGUAAAGUCCAGACGGAGUCCGGAGUGUGUGAGGAGCAGCUCAACCAGGUGGAGACCCUGCUGCAGGCGGAUGUGAGGAUGAUGAGUUCUGGAAAACCGCCGCAGCACACAGCAGAGGUGGAAGCUGAUCUGGAAAAAGCAGAAGGAAUGAUCCGAUUCCUCUUCAAUGAUGUUCAGCUUCUCAAGGACGGGCGCCACCUGCAGGCGGAACAGAUGUACCGGAGAGUUUAUCGUCUCCAUGAGAGGCUGGUGAACCUGCGCAGUGAGUACAACCUGCGCCUGAAGUCCGGUGUGGCCGCCUCUCAGAUCCCCAUGACCCAGAUUCACACCGUCCAGGUCCUGCAGCAGUCCUCCAAAAGCGCACGGCCAGAGCUGGAUGAGGUCACUCUGCGCUACGCCCACGACCUGCUGGGCUGGGUGGAGGAGAACCAGCGGCGGGUGGAUGAGGGCGAGUGGGGGUCUGACCUGGCCAACGUGGAGUCUCAACUGGGCAGCCAUCGUGGACUCCACCAGUCUGUGGAGGAGUUCCGCAGCAAGAUAGAGAGAGCCAAGGCCGACGAGGGUCAGAUUUCACCCGUCAGUAAACCAGCAUACCGCGAGUAUCUGGGAAAACUGGAGCUUCAGUACGGAAAGCUCCUGACCGCAUCAAAGGCCCGUUUGCGCUCCCUAGUGGAGCUCCACACUUUUGUCAGUGCAGCGACCAAAGAACUCAUGUGGCUCAAUGAGAAGGAGGAGGAGGAGGUCAACUACGACUGGAGCGAACGAAACACCAACAUGGUGUCCAAGAAGGACAACUACUCGGGUUUGAUGAGAGAGCUGGAACUCCGGGAAAAGAAGGUGAACGGCGUCCAGGCGACAGGCGACAAACUGCUGAGAGACGGACACCCCGCCAGGAAGACGAUAGAGGCUUUCACUGCAGCCCUGCAGACUCAGUGGAGUUGGAUCCUUCAGCUCUGCUGUUGCAUUGAAACGCAUCUAAAGGAAAAUACAGCCUACUUCCAGUUCUUCGCUGAUGUGAAGGAAGCCGAGGAAAAGAUGAAGAAGAUGCAGGACACGAUGAGGAGGAAGUACACAUGUGACCGCUCAGUCACUGUGACGAGGCUCGAAGAUUUACUGCAGGACGCCGCCGAUGAGAAAGAGCAACUGGCAGAGUUCAAAACUCACCUGGAAGGCCUGAAGCGAAAAGCCAACACCAUUGUCCAGCUGAAGCCGCGGAACCCAACGACCCCUAUCAAGGGAAAACUGCCCAUCCAGGCGGUGUGUGACUUCAAACAAAUGGAGAUCACCGUCCACAGAGGAGACGAGUGUGCUCUGCUGAACAACACACAGCCUCACAAAUGGAGAGUGGUGAACAACAAGGGCAGCGAGGCGUCUGUGCCCUCCAUUUGCUUCCUGGUGCCUCCUACCAACAAGGAUGCUGUGAACAGCGUUGCUGGGCUGGAUGGAAACCUGCAAAGGCUGCACGGUAUGUGGCAGACGAUGUUUGUGGACCUAAAGAGCCUUUUAUCCUGGCAGUACCUGAUGAGAGACAUCCACAUCAUCAACACCUGGAACGUCAGCAUGUUCAAGACCCUGAGAGUGGAGGAGUACCGACUGGCUCUGCGGAACUUGGAGCAACACUACCAGGAAUUCUUGAGAGACAGCCAGGACUCUCAGAUGUUCGGAGCUGAAGACAGGCUGCAGGUGGAGUCCAACUACAAAAGAGCCAACCAGCACUUUCACUCGUUGGUCAGCACUGCAGAACAAGGCUCUAUGCCGCCCAUAUCAGGAGAGCAAGAUGAGUCUGUGUGCAGGACUUACCUGACAAAGAUCAAAGAUCUUCGUCUGCAGCUGGAGAGCUGUGAAAACCGAACGGUGACUCGUCUUCGGCAGCCAGUGGAAAGAGAAGCGCUGAGAGCCUGUGCUCUGAAGACCGCCGAGCAAAUGAAAGUUCAGUCCGAGCUGGAAGGCUUGAAAAAGGACUUGAGCUCCAUUGCUGAGAAGACGGAGGAGAUCUUGGCGUCUCCUCAGCCGUCCAGCUCGGCCCCCAUGCUGCGCUCGGAAUUGGACGUCACCCUAAAGAAGAUGGAGCACGUCUACGGCCUGUCCUCCGUCUACCUGGACAAACUGAAAACCAUCGAUGUCGUGAUCAGAAAUACUAAAGACACAGAGGAGACGCUGAAAAACUAUGAGACUUGUCUUCGGGAUGUUAGGAAGGUGCCAAACGAGGAGAGAGAAGUAGAGGACCAACGCAGCCAACUGAAGUCAAUGCGUGCUGAGGCAGAGGCAGACCAGGCAGUCAUGGACCGCCUGCAGGACGAGCUGCAGAGGGCGACCACCAUCAACGACAAGAUGAUGAGGAUUCACAGCGAGCGUGACGCCGAGCUGGAGCACUAUCGGCUGCAGGUCGGCGGCCUGCUGGAGCGCUGGCAGGCCGUGUUCGCUCAGAUAGACCUGAGGCAGCGGGAGCUCGACUUCCUCAGCAGCAAAAUGAAGUCCUACAAAGAAAGCUUCGACUGGCUGACCCGCUGGCUCGCAGAAGCCCGGCAGAAGCAGGAGAACAUUCAAGCCAAGCCAAUCAACAGCAGCAAAGCUCUCAAAGAGCAGCUUGCAGAGGAAAAGAAACUCCUAGAAGAGAUCAAGAAGAACAAAGACGAGAUCGACAACUGCCAAAUAAGCGCAAAAGCCUACAUAGACUCAAUCAAGGAUUAUGAGCUCCUAAUCUUGACCUACAAAGCUCUGCAGGAUCCUCUAGCAUCUCCUCUAAAGAAACCCAAAGUGGAAUGUGCAUCAGAUAGUGUCAUCCAGGAGUAUGUUACGCUGAGAACCCGCUACAGUGAGCUGCUGACUCUCACCAGCCAGUACAUCAAAUUCAUCACAGACACACAGAGUCGGCUGGAGGAAGAUGAGAAAGCUUCUGAAAAGCUAAAAGAAGAAGAAAGAAGAAAAAUGGCACAGAUGGAAGCAGAGUUGGAAAAGCAGAAACAGCUGGCUGAAACACAGACACAAUUUGUAGCCAAAGCAGAACGAGAAGCUGAUGAGCUUAAGCUGAAGAUGAAGGAGGAAGCGAACAAGAGGCAAGACGUUGCAGUGGUUGCUGAGACGCAGAAGCAGAACAUUCAACAGGAGCUGCAGCAUCUGAAGAGUCUGUCAGAGCAGGAGAUCAAGACCAAGAGUCAGCAGCUGGAAGAGGCCCUGCUCAGCCGCACCAAAAUCGAGGAGGAAAUUCACUUAAUCAGAAUUCAGUUGGAGACGACGGUGAAGCAAAAAAGCACAGCUGAGAACGAGCUACAGAUGCUCAGAGACAAAGCUGCAGAAGCGGAGAGGUUACGGAAGGCUGCACAGGAGGAGGCCGAAAGGCUUCGCAGGCAGGUGGCAGAGGAAGCUCAGAAAAAGAAAAAUGCCGAAGAUGAGCUGAAGCGCAAGUCUGAGGCAGAGAAAGAUGCAGCAAAGCAGAAGCAGAAGGCCCUAGAGGAUCUGCAGAAAUUCAAAAUGCAAGCUGAAGAGGCAGAAAGGCGAGUUAAACAGGCUGAGGAUGAAAAGCUGAGGCAGAUUAAGGUAGUGGAGGAAGUGACAUUGAAGUCCUCAGCCACAGACUUCCAAACCAAAUCCAUGCCAAUGGCUCAAAAGGCAACAGAGCUGGAAGAGUCUCUGAGAAAAGAGCAGGGUACUGUCCUGCAGCUACAGGUAGAAGCUGACCAACUCCGAAAACAGCAGGAGGAAGCCAACAAAGCCAGAGAGCAGGCAGAGAAAGAGCUGGAAAUGUGGAGGCAGAAGGCCAACGAGGCUCUGCGACUGAGGCUGAAAGCUGAGGAGGAAGCUCAGAAGAAGACUCAGGCUCAAGAAGAGGCAGAGAGACAGAAGCUGGAAGCAGAGCAGGAUGCUAAGAGAAGGGCAAAAGUUGAGGAGAUGGCGCUCAAGCAGAAGGAGAAUGCUGAGAGAGAGUUGGAAAAACAGAGGACGUUCGCUGAACAAAUAGCUCAACAAAAGCUGUCUGCUGAAGAAGAAUGCAUCCGAUUAAAGGCUGACUUCGAGCACGCAAAACAGCAGCGGAGCCUCUUGGAUGAGGAGCUCCAGCGCCUGAAAAAUGAGGUGAGCGCUGCUGAGAACCAGAGAAAGCAACUGGAGGAGGAGCUGGCCAAAGUCCGACAGGAAAUGGACAGUGUGCUGCAGAUGAAGAUUCAAGCCGAAAAGGAGGUUCUAUCAAAGAAUGAGAAGAGCAAACAACUCCUGGAAUCCGAGGCCCUGAAAAUGAAACAGCUCGCAGAGGAAGCUACUCGACUUAGAGCGGUUGCCGAAGAAGCAAAGAAGCAGCGGCAGAUUGCAGAGGAAGAGGCAGCCAAGCAAAGAGCAGAGGCUGAAAAGAUUCUCAAGGAGAAGCUGGCUGCCAUUAAUGAGGCGACUCGCUUGAAGACUGAAGCUGAGAUUGCUCUGAAAGCUAAGGAAGCAGAAAACGACAGGCUGAAGAGAAAAGCUGAGGAGGAGGCGUAUCAGAGGAAAUUGCUUGAGGACCAAGCUGCUCAGCAUAAACACGAGAUUGAGGAGAAGAUCACACAGCUGAAAAGCUCAUCUGAUUCUGAGCUGGAGCGGAAAAAGAACAUCGUGGAAGAAACUUUGAGGCAGAAGAAAGUGGUGGAGGAAGAGAUCCAUAUCAUCAGGAUCAACUUUGAGAAAGCAUCCAAAGAGAAGUCCGAUUUAGAGACGGACUUAAAGAAACUAAAGAGUCUUGCAGAUGAGACACAGAAGAGCAAAAUCAAAGCUGAAGAAGAGGCAGAAAAACUGAAACGACUUGCUGCAGAGGAGGAGAAGAAGAGGAAGGAAGCUGAAGAGAAGGUGAAAAGGAUUACAGCAGCAGAGGAAGAGGCAGCUAGACAGUGGAAAGCUGCUCAAGAGGAGGUGGAACGUCUCAAAAAGAAAGCUGCUGAAGCAAAUGAACACAGAGACAAAGCUGAAAAAGAGACGGAGAGGCAGGUCAUCCUUGCCAAAGAGGCAGCACAGAAACGCAGCGCUGCAGAGCAGAAAGCACAAGACGUGCUCAGUAAGAAUCAGCAAGACAUUCUCGCCCAGGACAAGCUGAAAGAGGAGUUUGAAAAGGCACAGAAGCUUGCAGAGGCUGCUCAGAAGGCCAAAGAGAAAGCAGAGAAAGAGGCCAACUUACUGCGUCAGCAAGCAGAGGAGGCUGAAAAACAGAAAAAAGCUGCAGAAGAUGAAGCUGCUAAACAGGCCAAAGCUCAAAAAGAUGCAGAAAAGCUCCGCAAGGAGGCAGAGGAGGAGGCCUCCAAGCGAGCUGCUGCUGAGGCAGCGGCUCUGAAGCAGAAGCAGCAGGCCGAUAAAGAGAUGGACAAACACAAAAAAGACGCAGAGCAAGCUCUGAAGCAGAAAGCUCAGGUUGAGAAGGAGCUGGGGAUGGUUAAGCUGCAGCUCGAGCAAGCUGACGAGCAGAAAGCUCUGUUAGAUACUGAACUUCAACGACUGAAGGAUGAAGUCAGUGAUGCAAUCAAAAAGAAGAAGGAGGUGGAGGAUGAGCUGUCCAAAGUGAGGAGCCAGAUGGAUGAGCUCGCAGAAGUUAAGCGGAAAAUCGAGGAAGAAAACCGCUGUUUAAUACAGAAAGACAAAGAUAACACACAGAAAUUACUCUUAGAGGAAGCUGAGAAAAUGAAAACUCUGGCAAAAGAAGCUGCUCGUCUCAGCGUGGAAGCUGAAGACGCCGCCAGACAGAGGCAGCUGGCAGAGUCCGACCUCGCAGAACAAAGGGCUCAGGCAGAGAAAAUGCUGCAGGAGAAAAUGCAGGCCAUCCAGGAGGCCACAAAGCUGAAGGCCGAGGCAGAGGAGCUACAGAAACUAAAAGAAGAGGCACAGGAAAAAGCCAAACAACUGCAAGAAGACAAAAAGCUGAUUCAGCAACGCCUUGAACAGGAAACGGAGGGCUUCCAUAAGUCCCUCGAGGCCGAGCGCAAGAGACAGAGUGAACUUUCAGCUGAAGCCAAAAAGCUGAAGCUUAAAUUGAAAGAGUUGAGUGGUGCUCAGGCAAAAGCUGAAGAGGAGGUGGCAAAAUUCAAGAAACAAGCAGAUGAAGCCAAAUCCCAACUGAAAGAGACAGAGAAACAAGCGUCUGAAGUCGUUGUGCAAAAACUGGAGACUCAGAGGCUGCAAAGCACAAGAGAAGCUGAUGACUUGAGGAAGGCCAUAACUGACCUGGAGAAAGAAAAAGAGAAGCUGAAAAACCAAACAGAAGACCUCCAGAAACGAUCUGAACAGAUGGCGACAGAUCAACAGCAGCAGAUUGAGCAACAGAAAGCCAUACUCAAACAGUCUUUCCUCAGUGACAAGGAGCUUCUACUGAAACGGGAGAAGGCCGUAGAAGAGGAGAAAAACAAGCUUGAAAAGCAGCUUGAAGAGGAAGUGAAGAAGGCCAAAGCUCUUAAAGAAGAACAGGAGAAUCAGCGAAAAGUGAUGGAGACGGAAAAGAAGAAACUUCAAGACAAAAUGGAUGAAGCGAUGAGGAAACAGAAGGAGGCUCAGGCUGAGAUGGAGAAAAAGCAAAAAGAAAUGGAUGAGCUUGAAAGGAAGAGGCUUGAACAAGAAAAACUCUUAGAAGAGGAGAACAAGAAACUUAGAGAAAAGCUCCUGAACAUUGAAGUUGCUUCAAAACAAGGAACCUUCAAAACCAAGGAAAUGGAAGUCCAGACUGAAAAAGUUCCUGAGGAGCAACUCGUUUCUAUGACAAUGGUAGGAACAACAAAGAAAGUUUUGAAUGGUUCUGUCGAAGUAGAUGGAAUGAAGAAGGAUGGAGAAUCGGCUUUCAUGUUUGAUGGCAUUAGAGAGAAAGUUCCAGCUGAAAGGCUUUUUGACAUUGGUGUUCUGACGAAGAAAGAUAUGGACAAACUGAAAAAGGGAAAAGUCUCAGUCUCCGACCUUGAAAACACAGAGAAGGUCAGAUCAUGUCUUAAGGGCCAGGGCUGUGUUGGAGUUGUCUUGACACCAUCAAGAGAGAAAAUGAGUGUUUAUCAGGCCAUGAAAGAAAAGAAGAUUUCUCCCAGUGCCGCUGCAUCGCUUCUGGAAGCUCAGGCAGCUGUGGGGUAUAUCAUCGAUCCCGUAAAAAAUACACCUCUCUCUGUAGAUGAGGCCGUUAAGGAAGAGAUAAUAGGCCCUGAGCUUCAUGACAGAAUGCUGUCUGCAGAACGAGCAGCCACAGGCUUUAAAGAUCCGUACACUGGUGCCAAAAUUUCACUGUAUGAAGCCAUGAAGAAGGAACUUGUUGACAAGGAGCAGGCUAUGAAAUUCCUUGAUGUGCAGCUUGCAACUGGUGGCAUUGUUGAUCCCAUCAACAGCCACCGAGUGCAACUUCCGAUGGCGUACAAGCAGGGUCAGUUUGAUGAAGACUUAAACAAAAAACUCAAUGAUCCCAGUGAAGACUUGAAACAGUUCAUUGACCCAAGCAGUCAGGAGAAACUUACCUACAAGCAGUUGUUGGAGAGGUGCACCAAAGAUGCAGAAACUGGUCUUUGGAUAUUACCUGUAACAGAGAAGGCUGCUCAAGUCGAGAGAACAUUUACAGAUUCAGAGACUAAAGAGGUUUUCAGCAAAUCCAAAGUUGAUGUUCCAUUUGGAAAAUUCAAAGGAAAAACUGUCACCAUCUGGGAAGUCAUAAAUUCUGAAUAUUUCACUGAGGAUCAAAGAAGAGAACUCAUUCGUCAGUACAAGACUGGGAAGAUCACAGUCGAAAAGAUCAUCAAGAUUGUCAUCACUGUUGUGGAGGACAAGGAAAAGAACAGUGGAAACGAGUUCAGUGGUUUGAGAGCUCCUGUCCCUGCCAAUGAACUGCUGGAGUCUAAAGUCAUAAAUAAAGACUUGUUCAACAAACUGAGCAAUGGAAAGAUCUCAGUCAAAGAGGUCUCUGAAAUGGGAGCUGUGAAAAAAGCCCUCCACGGAACACCCAGUAUUGCCGGGCUGCUGGAUGAACUGACUAAUGAAAAAAUUCCUUUCUAUCAAGCUAUGAAAGAAGAAUUAAUCUCACCAAAAACCGCUGUGAAUCUUCUAGAAGCUCAAGCAGCGACUGGUUUUAUGAUUGAUCCUGUAAAAAAUGAAAGAGUUCCUGUCGAUGAAGCUGUCAAGUCAGGCCUUGUUGGUCCAGAGCUGCAUGAAUGUCUUUUGUCGGCAGAGAGAGCUGUGAGCGGCUACAGAGAUCCAUACACAGGGAAAAAAGUGUCUCUUUUUGAGGCAAUGAACAAAGGCCUUGUGAAGAAAGACCAUGGAAUUCGUCUACUCGAAGCACAGCUUUCAACAGGUGGAAUUAUUGACCCAGUUAAAAGCUACCGUAUCCCACAUGAGGUUGCUUGCAAGCGCGGAUAUUUUGAUGAAGAUUUUGGCAAAAUCUUGAACAAAAACACAGAUGAAACUAAAGUCUUUAAUGAUCCCACUUCACAGAAACCUGCAACCUAUGCAGAGCUCAUUGAUAAAUGCGUCACAGAUAAAGAUACUGGACUCCCUUUGCUUCCCCUCUCCAAGAAGGCCCCAAAGCCAAAAGAAGAGCAACAGAUCACAGAGGCAAAGACAAAGGAAGCUUUAAACCACACAACCAUGGAGCUGGAACAUGGGCCCUUCAAGGGAAGAAAAGUCACAAUUUGGGAGAUCAUACAUUCUGAAUACAUAACAGAAGAGCAAAGAAUAGAAAUAAUCCGCCAGUACAGAAUGGGACAAGUGACAAUUGAGAGGCUUAUCAAGAUUGUCAUAACAAUGGUUGAUGAAAAAGAGGACAAAACAAGUAAAGAACCCUGCUUUGAAGGUCUUAGAGCACCAGUCCCUGCAACUUCAUUGUUUGAAUCCAAGAUUAUUGAUAAAACUACAUUUGAUCAACUUCAGCAGGGUAACAUCACACCAAAAGAGGUUGGUCAAACCGACAAAGUCAGAAAGUAUUUGCAAGGCACUGAUCGCAUUGAUGGGAUCACAAUGGAAGAUUCAGACAAAAAGUUGAGCAUAUAUCAAGCAAUGAAAAAGAAAAUUUUGCAACAUAAUACUGGUCUGGCCCUUCUUGAGGCCCAAGCUGGUACUGGUUAUAUAACUGAUCCAGUCACAAACACGAAGCACUCUGUGGACGAUGCUGUAAAGGUUGGAGUUGUUGGCCCAGAACUUCAUGAGAAGCUCCUAGCAGCUGAAAAAGCUGUGACUGGAUACAAAGAUCCAUACACAGGCAAUAAGAUUUCUCUAUUCCAGGCCAUGAAGAAAGAGCUUGUGUUGAGAGAGCAUGCAAUUCCUCUCCUCGAAGCCCAGUUUACAACUGGCGGUAUUAUUGAUCCAGUUAGCAGCCAUCGGGUUCCCAAUGAUGUGGCCAUCCAACGAGGCAAUUUCAGUAAACAAAUGUGCAAAUCAUUCAUUGAACCCUCUGGUGACGUUAAGGGCUUCACUGAUCCCAACACACUUCAAAGUGCCACUUACAAGGAGUUGCUAGAGAAAUGCAGAAGAGAUCCAAACACUGGACUUUGUUACCUGCCCCUAUCAAAGGUUGAAGCUCCCGCUCCUGAUGAGAAAUCAUAUGAGUUUACAGAGGAGCAAGCCCAAACGGAUCUAGCUAACACCCAAAUUGAGAUUCCACUUCAGAGGUUUGCAGGAAAAAAUAUGACUGUUUGGGAGGUCAUGAACUCCAAUCUGCUUCCUGAAGAGGAAAGGCUUCGGCUUUUGGAGCAGUAUCGGCUGGGACAGAUUACAAAAGAGAGAAUGUUGAUUAUUAUAAUUGAAAUUAUGGAACAUAGGGAAACUCUACAGGCAGAACAGAGUAUGUCAUGUGAUGUCAUUAGAAGAAGAGUUACUAUUGAGGAGUUGUACAGUGCUAGGAUCAUUGAUUUAGAGACUUACAACUUGCUGAAGCAAGAAAAGAUGACUAUUCGUGAGUUGAUGGACAUGCCAUCAGUGAAGCAGUUCCUUUUUGGCACAGGUUGCAUUGCGGGGAUUUUGUCAGACACCCCUCCAAAGAUCAGCAUUUAUCAGGCUUUGAAAAAAGGACAGAUUAAGCCAGAAGUUGCAUUGAAACUCCUUGAGGCUCAAGCAGCUACAGGAUUCAUCAUUGACCCAGUAAAAGAUGAGCUUUUAACAGUUGACGAAGCUGUGCGAAAAGGACUUGUGGGUCCUGAACUCCAUGACAAACUACUGUCUGCAGAGAGAGCUGUCACAGGUUACAAGGAUCCUUACAGUGGAAAAGUGAUUUCUCUGUUCCAAGCAAUGAAAAAAGACCUGAUUCCUGAGGACUAUGCCUUAAGACUUCUGGAAGCCCAGCUCGCCACUGGAGGGCUAAUGGAUCCUGAGUACUACUUUCGCCUUCCCACAGAUGUUGCUAUGCAACGUGGUUACAUCAAUAAGGAGACCCUUGACCGGAUAUCUGAACCAAAUGCAGAUGUUCGAGGUUUCAUCGAUCCAACUACCGAUGAGAAACAGUCCUAUGCUCAGCUGUUAAAAAGAUGCAGAGUGGAUAAAGACAGUGGUUUACGUUUACUGUCUCUGGCAGACAGAAAGCUUCUGUUUAAGGGUCUUCGAAAACAAAUCACUGUGGAGGAACUGCUCAGAUCACAGAUCAUCAACCAAAAGACAUACAAUGAUCUCACUGAGGGAACUAUCUCGGUCGAAGAGGUCAGCAGGGACGUAAAGAAGUUUCUUGAGGGCACAAGCUGCAUUGCUGGUGUGUUUGUGGAGUCCAGCAAAGAGCGUCUCUCCAUUUACCAGGCCAUGAAGAAAAACAUGAUCAGGCCAGGAACUGCUUUUGAGCUUCUUGAGGCUCAAGCUGCAACAGGCUAUGUGAUUGACCCAAUCAAACACCUUAAACUGAACGUUGCUGACGCAGUUAAGAUGGGAGUUGUUGGUCCGGAGUUUAAAGAAAAACUCCUGUCGGCUGAACGAGCCGUCACAGGCUACAAGGAUCCUUACUCUGGUAAAAUUAUUUCUCUCUUCCAGGCGAUGAAAAAAGGAUUCAUUCUGAAAGACCAUGGCAUUCGUUUGCUUGAGGCUCAAAUUGCCACCGGUGGCAUCAUUGAUCCAGAGGAGAGCCACCGUCUGCCUGUUGAAGCAGCAUAUGAGCGUGGGCUCUUCGAUGAAGAAAUGAAUGAAAUUCUGACUGACCCCUCUGAUGACACAAAGGGAUUCUUUGAUCCUAACACUGAGGAAAAUCUCACCUAUCUGCAGCUGACUGAGAGGUGUUUGACAGAUCCAGAGACUGGCUUGCGUCUUCUGCUGUUGAAGGAAAAGAAACGUGAAAGGAAGACUUCGUCAAAGUCAUCAGUUCGGAAACGAAGGGUUGUCAUUGUUGACCCAGAGUCAGGCAAAGAGAUGUCUGUCUAUGAGGCGUAUCAAAAAGGACUGAUUGACCAGCAGACUUACCUGGAGCUAUCUGAGCAGGAAUGUGAAUGGGAAGAGAUUACCACUACCUCCCAUGAUGGAUCUGUAAAGUCUCUGAUCAUUGACAGGAGGUCGGGUCGGCAGUAUGACAUUGAUGAUGCAAUCUCAAGAGCCCUCAUUGACAAGUCAGCCCUGGAUCAGUACCGAGCUGGAACACUGUCUAUCACAGAGUUUGCAGACAUGCUGUCAGGAAACAUGAGCGGCAGCAGAUCAAGGUCGUCCUCCUUUGGCUCCUCUUCCUCUUACCCCAUGAGCCCAAUACCUUCCAUAAAAACUCCAGCAACCACUUGGAAUGAUCCAACAGAGGAAACUGGCCCUAUAGCUGGAAUCCUAGACACAGACACACUAGAGAAGGUGUCAGUCACAGAGGCUAUUCACAGAAACCUUGUUGACAACAUUACAGGCCAACGGUUGCUUGAAUCUCAGGCUUGCACAGGAGGUAUCAUUGACCCCAACACAGGUGAAAGGUUCAUGAUUGCAGAUGCAAUGAAUAAGGGGCUUGUGGAUAAAAUCAUGGUGGAUCGCAUCACUCUAGCUCAGAAGGCAUACAUCGGAUUUGAAGAUCCCAGAACUAAAACCAAAAUGUCAGCAGCUCAAGCUCUGAAAAAAGGAUGGCUUUACUAUGAGGCCGGUCAGCGGUUCCUGGAGGUCCAGUAUCUCACUGGUGGGUUAAUAGAACCUGAGGCUACAGGCCGAGUUUCUAUAGAUGAGGCUGUGAGAAAGGGCACGUUGGAUGCGAGAACAGCACAGAAGUUGAGAGAUGUUAGCGCAUACUCAAAAUACCUCACAUGCCCUAAAACCAAGCUGAAGAUCUCCUACAAGGACGCUUUGGAAAGAAGCAUGACAGAAGAAGGAACAGGGCUGAGACUACUUGAAGCAUCCUCUCAGUCAAGCAAAGGCCUUUACAGCCCCUAUAGCAUAAGUGGGUCUGGUUCUGCUACUGGAUCACGCUCUGGUUCAAGAACGGGUUCUAGGUCAGGCUCCAGAAGAGGCAGCUUUGAUGCCACAGGGUCUAGUUUUACGUCAACCUUCUCGUCUUCCUCCUAUGGUUCACCAAGCUACAGCCGGCGGUACUGAACUGCAGGUUGAAUCUGCUUUAAAUGUUCACCAGAUGCCUAAUACUCUGUGGAAUAAAGAUGCCUUUAUUCUGCUUUGCAUGAGGUUGUUACAAGAAUUUAAAUAUUUACUUUUUCUACAAAAUGAAUCAUUUUAUUUAUUGUGCAUUUACUUUCAGACUUAUGCUGUCCUACCAGAUACUUGAUUGUGCACAGUAAGAAUCAAUCAAAAUCCACAGCAAUUUAUUCCAUCCAUCCAUCAACAGUACAUUUCCACAAACAUAUUUAUUGAUUUUCUUUUUUUUACACACCAUUUGAGACCAUAAAUAAAACAGAUUUGGAUGCACAAGCUAAAUGAAACCAUCUAUAUGGAUAUAUUACUGAAAACAGAGAAAAAAGGAACACUCCGCAAAGCAGAAUAUGGAGUCUAGCAAAGAGGUGUACCAAUAUUUACUCUUGAAAAACAAGGCUUCAACGUAUUUUCAGCCAUAUUUACUGCCACUUCCACAAUUUCUCCUUACCCAUGAUUACCCUGUCCUAUCACAUGUCAUUAGAACAGCAUCCUCCAUGUGUAAUAAACAAAGCUCCAUCUUUCACAAUGGGAUUCUGGAGCAAACUGUUUGGUCUCUGGACCACUUUGGACUUGAAAGACUGAAAUAAUUAUAUGUCCCUGUGAGCAGUUAAAAACAUUAAACAGGACUUGACUUUUAACUUGGUUCAUUUUAAUGGAAUUGAAAGGGUAAAUAUAUAUAUACAUUUAUUUUAUGUUGAAUUGUUUUGUUUCAAAAAUUGAGUUUCAACAUCUUCAGCUCUCUGCUCAGUUGUUUACCAGAAGCACAUGGCGGUAGUUCAAACUACUGUCGGUAUAAUCAAUAAUUCUCUACAGUACUGAAACACAAGUUCUCAUCAGUUGUUUAAUGAUUUUGAAAACAGCAGAUGAUUUGAGCGUUUGAAAGGGGCCUGCAGAACACUUGCUCACACUUUCCCAAGUGUACUCACAGAACCAUGAUUAGAAAAGCAGCAUUAUCUAUAGUAUGUCACAAGUUAACUAUGAGCUUACACAUAAUGCUACCAAGGCUCAAAUAUGCAGUUUAAAUAUUUACCAGCUAACAUUUAUCAUUCAACUUUUUUUUUCCAGAAGUGACUUGCAUUCUUUAUUAACAACUGUAUAAAGAUCCGUUACUAAAGGCAAUGAUGUCACUUUACUUUGAGAAAGAUUUAGCUUUACACCACAUCCAGUAUUUGUAUUUUAAACUGCAUAUACUUAUUUUCAUUUUAAGCUUUUUUUUUUAAAAAUAAAACAAACAAAACACAUUUGAUCUAUAUUUUUUUCAUACUCUUCAUAUCCGCUUUUGCAUGAUUUGUUAUCAGUUAAACAAAACAAGAGUUAACAGGAGUAUCUGUUGAAUUUGUUUUUGCAUUAUAUUUUCAAAAGGUUUGAAGGAUGUAUUUAAAUGAGGGUUAUCCAGAAUUAUUCAAAAUGGUGUAUUUAUGACAAAAGGCCUAUAAGAAAUUUUACUGUAACACCUAUGCUAUGUAAAUAAACACAAAAAUGAAACAUUU